GAGAAGCAGAGAGACAGAGGGAGGCAGAGAGACAGAGGGAGGCAGAGAGAGUCACAGAAGCGAUGGAGAACCAGAGAAAAAUGCAGGAGAUCAAGAGAGUCAAACAUCUGCUGGAGCUACUGAUGGUGGAUCUACAACUGGCCCACCAAGAGAUAGAGAGAUUGAGGCUAUGGCAGAAAGUCAUGGAGGAUCAGCGACCAAGACUGGCCUGGAACAACAAACCUAUUGAGACAGAAAGAGAGAGGGAAAGAGAGAGGGAAAAGGAGAGAGAAAGGGAGAUGGAAAGGGAGAGAAAAGCAGAAUUGGAAAGACAAGAAAUUAAGAAGAAAGUGAAACAGGCAGAAGAAACGAUAAAAGCGUUAGAACGAGAGAUUGAGACAUUGAAAGAGAUGGAAAAGGAAAUCAUAUUUGAAAGAGAAAGAGACAUGUGUAUUGCAGAGAAUGAGAAAGUCAAACUGGUUAACGGAAAGGUAAAAGAGUUAGAGAGAGAGGUUGAGAGACUGAAAGAAGAUAUGACAACAAAAGAGAUUCAAUACAAAAUCAAAUUUGAAAGAGCGAAAGAAGCAUAUAGAAGACAGAAUGAGAGAGUGAAACAGGUUAACCAAAAUGUACUAGUGUUAGACAGAGAGGUUGUGAGAAUGAAAGAAGAGAUUAGAUUGAAAGACGAGACUGAACCAGAGAGAACAUUUGAUAGAGACAGAGAGAGAGAAAAUGAUUGGAGACGAAGUGAAGAGGAGAUGAAAAAUAGAGUGGAGAGAGAGAUGGAGAUGGAGACAGCCCUCAUCAAUGACAAAAAGACGUCUGAAUUGGAGGAAGUCUUCAAGAAAAUCAAGGUACAGCUGCUAGAAUUAGAAAAUAUGGAAACAGACGAAUAUAAAUGGAAACAGAACCAAAUGGACAUGGAGGAGAAGAUGGAGGGUGAGAACAACAAACAGAAAGAGGUAGAAAGAAAGAGAAUGGAGAAAGUACCAAAACAGAGACAACAAGUAGAUGAGAAGAAGAAGGAGUUGGAGAGCGAAGAAGAAGAAGAAAGAUGUAAACAGAAGCAAAUAGAGAUGGAAGAGGAAGAA